AUGAUCUUCGUGGCGCUGUACGUUGACGAUUUAGUCAUCGCAAGUAACAACUUCGAGCUGAUACAAUCAACUAAGCAGGCGCUAAGUGAACGCUUCGACAUGACUGACCUGGGCGACCUCAAGUACUUCCUCGGGAUAGAAAUUGAUCAAGACCUCUCAGCCGGCACGAUUUCAGUCCGUCAGUCCAAAUUUGCAAAAGAUAUUCUCGAGAAGUUUGGCAUGGAAAACAGCAAUCCUGUCAAGACUCCACAAGAACCUGGACUCAAGUUGACAAGGUCAAUGUGUGCAGAUGGGUGCAAGCAUGCGGAAACAAUGGCAAAUGUGCCAUACCGCAACGCCAUCGGCUGUUUGAUGUAUCUCAUGGUGGGGACCCGCCCGGAUAUCGCAGUUGCAGUGGGAGUUCUCAGUCAGUUCGCGGCAGAACCUUGUCCAACCCAUUGGCAAGCGCUUAAGCGGGUGUUCCGUUAUAUUCAAGGCACAAGGACGUAUGGAAUUGAAUUCCAAGCAACCAGUGAUGACAAGCUGCAAGGCUACUCGGACGCGGACUGGGCUGGAGAUGUCGAGGCUAGACGAAGCACAAGCGGGUACGCCUUUGUGAUGAACAACGGAUGCAUUAGCUGGAGAAGCAAGAAACAGAGCACCGUGGCUCUAUCGUCUACAGAAGCCGAGUACAUGGCUUUGACUGAAGCUGCACAAGAAGCAAUUUGGCUUAAGGCAUUCUUACAUGAACUCGGCGAGAUGAAUAGCGACGAAGCAGUCAAGAUCUACGAAGACAAUCAAGGUUCCAUCGCUUUGGCCAAGAACCCCGAGUUUCACAAGCGGACCAAGCACAUCGACAUUCGUUAUCACUUUGUGCGUGAAAAGGUGGCAGAAGGAAAAGUGGUCCUGGAAUACUGCUCGACCAAGGACAUGAAGGCUGACCUAAUGACCAAGCCAAUUCCUGCAUCACAGUUCCAGUGUCUUCGAAGUAUGUUGGGCAUCAAGGCGCCACGGUCUGCCGAGGCGAGUGGGAGUGUUGCAAAACAAACGCUUCGGCAGGCUGAUUUUGUAAGAUGCACGUAG